AUGAAUUUGUCUCUCUUUCUCAUUUUCUCCAUGCCACCUAUUUGCCGCUCUUUCACACUCUCGCUCUUUCUGUUUUCCUCUAUACCAUCCAUUUCUUUGUGUUUCGCUCUCAUUCUCCCUUUUCUCUGUUCACCCUUUCACUUACUUCUCUCUAUCUAUCUUUUUCUCUUCAUUCUUUCUUUUUUUUUUCGAUCUAAUUAUAUUUCUCUUCAACUGAGUCAUAUUUUGAUCCUCAUUAACAUCUAUCGGCCUCUCUUUCACACUCUCGCUCUUUCUCUGUUUAAUCAGCCUUUCUUUCACACACUCACUCUUUCGCUGUUGCUCCAUGCCAUCUAUUUGCCUCUCUUUCACACUAUCCAUUUGCCUCUGUUUCCCAAUCUCGCUAUUUCUCUGUUUCUCCAUACUAUCUAUUUGUCUCUCUUUCCCAAUCUCGCUAUUUCUCUGUUUCUCCAUACCAUCUAUUUGUCUCUCUUUCACAAUCUCGCUCUUUCUCUGUUUCUCCAUACCAUCUAUUAG